CAGCAGCCCUGCGGGACACUGGCGUGGCGACUUGCAGCGCAAAAUGCACCACAAACAAGACGGAGCCUAAACGCCACAUUUAUCACGCGCCGGAGAAAUUGAACAACGCCACUGUCUGUCACCUCACAUUAUUCAGACAGAACAUAGGACUGAAUGCGUGGUGACAGAAAUCUAAUGUAAAUGAAGGAUGCUUGGAAUCUGGCGUACACAAUGUGUGCUGGAUGUUUCUGACCUUUGAUACACUUGCUAAGACAGCAGAACAGGUGCAUCUCUGAAGCGUUUUGUGCGGCAGAUGGUCUUUCGGAACCGCAGAGGGCGAGUACGGGACAUAUUUGGCUUAAAAGGCGUGCAUACCAAAUGUGCUGAAUUAUACCUGAAUCAUAUUGAAAAUGGCUUCUACAAUUGAACGGAAAACACUGGAGGCAAAUGAGGAGCCGGUGGAUGAGGUGCUCCAGAUGCCGCCGUCACUGCUGACCUGUGGCGGGUGUCAGCAGAGCAUCGGAGACCGCUUCUUUCUGAAGGCCAUCGAGCAGUACUGGCACGAGGACUGUCUGAGCUGUGACCUCUGCGGCUGCCGCUUAGGGGAGGUGGGACGCAGGCUUUACUACAAACUCGGCAGAAAGCUGUGCAGGAGAGAUUACCUCAGACUGUUUGGUCAGGACGGACUCUGUGCUUCCUGUGAAAAGAGGAUCCGGGCCUUUGAAAUGACCAUGCGUGUGCGUGACAAAGUCUAUCACCUCGAAUGCUUCAAAUGUGCUGCCUGUCAGAAACACUUCUGUGUUGGAGAUCGUUACCUGCUCAUCAACUCGGACAUUGUGUGUGAGCAGGACAUUUUUGAGUGGACCAAACUCAACGGCAGCAUAGUAUAGUUUUCUGCCGAAAUCAUAAACAAAAUGUAACCUGUCAGCAUUUUCAACAAACCCUUUACUAAUAGAACAUCAAUAACAAAAUAUAUAUUUUAAAGAAAUGAUCUUUCUGGCUCUAUUAGCUGUGCUCUAAAUGCUUGUCUCUUUUUGUUAUUUAAACUUGAGAAAAAUGCCACCAGGUUUCCCAGUGUUGGGUUGCAGCUGGAAGGGCAUCCACUGCGUAAAACAUAUGCUGGAUAAGUUGGCGGUUCAUCCCGCUGUGGCGACCCCUGAUUUUUAAAGGGACUAAGCCGAAAAGAAAAUGAAUAAAUGAAUGAUAAUUGCCACCAGCAACAUGAACCUUUUUUAAAUUUGAUGUAUUUUUGCAGAACAGCGUUAUACAAUUUUUAAUGUAUUGCAAUAAAAACUGAUUCCCUUUGCUACUUUUACACAAUUACUUCGAUUUGAACUAUAGUUCUAUUUGUUUUGAAGUAACACAAUUGCAAUAAAAUGUACAGACAUCUUAGAAAGAUGAUGCUUAUUUUCUCAAGCUGCAUUUUGUUCACUGGACAACUGUUUUCUGUCAAUUUUUAAAAAUGUAUUUUAUUUUUGUGAUGCAAGGCUGCAUUUUCAGCAGUCUUCAAUCCCAUCUUCAGUGUCAUAUUAGCUUUAAUUGGAGCUCAAGAAACAUUUUUUCACAUUAUUUUUUAUUGUGUGAUGCUUUUUUGUGAUGUGAUAUCUAUAAUAUGUUAUCAAAGUGCCAACAGAGCACACCCAAUAUUCCUAAAAGGACAUAUUGUAUACAUUUCAUAUAUAUUGUGUACAUAUUGUAUGCCAAAAAAAAAAAAAAAAAAAAA